GGAAGAAGAAUCAAGAACCACCUUAAAGAUGUCUUUUCCCUUUCACUAUUGUUAGUGUUUGUGGUGUCUUUCUUUUCCAUACUUUCCUGAACUAACUUUCUCUCGUUGAGAAAGGCAUUACAUAGCUGCUGACAUUUUUAUAAGAAUUCUUGAUCGUGACGAUGGACAUGUCUCGAAGAGCAUUACUGAAGGUUAUCGUUCUGGGCGAUAUCGGGGUGGGAAAGACUUCUUUGAUGAAUCAAUAUGUAUAUAAGAAGUUUAGCCAGCAGUAUAAAUCUACAAUUGGUGCUGAUUUUGUCACCAAGGAACUACAGAUUGAUGACAAACUGGUGACUUUGCAAAUAUGGGACACGGCGGGGCAGGAGAGGUUUCAGAGUUUAGGAUCAGCGUUUUACAGAGGGGCAGAUUGCUGUGUUCUUGUAUAUGAUGUAAAUAUACAGAAAUCAUUUGAAACACUUAAUAAUUGGCAUGAAGAAUUUGUCAAACAGCAGGCGGCGGAUCCAGCCGAUCCUGGUGCAUUCCCUUUUAUAUUAUUUGGGAACAAAAUCGACGUAGAUGGUGGAAGCAGCCGAGUGGUUUCGGAGAAAAAGGCCAGAGAAUGGUGUGCUUCCAGGGGAGAUAUACCAUACUUUGAGACCUCAGCAAAAGAAGGUUACAAUGUUCAUGAAGCAUUUCUUUGUGUUGCAAAAAUGGCACUAGAAGGUGAACAUGAACAUGAACAGGAACAUGAACAGGAACAUGACAUUUACUUUCAGGGUAUAUCAGAAACUGUUUCAGAAGUCGAGCAAAGGGGAGGCUGUGCGUGUUGAAGUUGGCUGCCAAAGGAUUGGAUGUCGGAAAAUUCAACCUUCUCAUAUGUUUCGUUCUUUAUUAUAUAUGUAUUAUGAUGCUGUUCAUUUGGGAUUCAGAGGUGUUCUUAUUGUUUGUAUUUUAUGUGUAUCUACAGCUAAUUAAGUAGCACACUCACCAUUAGACUGAUAGAUUGUUUAUUUUGUAACUCUAUUUUACAAAAAGAGACGCUAAACCAUUACCAAAACUCUAUUUACUGAAUUAAUAUACCUGCUAAUUUAUGGAUGUCU